AUGUAAGAUUGUGCAGAAGAAUAAAAUUACAUCAACUUCCUAUAAUUAGAGAGGGAUAUGGGGUCUAAUGAUGAAAACUCUUCUUCGUUAAUUAACUUGAAUAAUGAGAAUCCUACUUUAACAGAGAUAUUGGAUUCAGAUAUUAAUCCAAUAAAGCAAUAGGGUAAAAAGAUAAAGAAGAAGAAACGAGUGGAUUUUCAUUCUAAAAAGAGGAGAAGAAAUAACAAAAUGAGUGAGACGAAUAAUAAUAAUCCAUUUAACUUUGAGGAAGACAAAAAAAUCUUAUGUUUAGUUUUAGAGCAUGGCCCAAAGUUUGGAAAUAUAGCAAAAUACUUUACAGAUAGGAACUAAAAUGCAAUAAAGAAUAGAUAUUAUAAAUAACUUCGAUUUCGAUGGGAUUAAAUAUUAGGAAGGUAUAUAUAUGAAUUUAUAGAUUAUUAGUGAGUAUAGUAGUCUGAACUGUAAACGUGAGAGCGAAAGAGUAGAGUGUAGAGAUAUAACUUAAAUCAUAGAUGAAUUGAACUUUUUUCCAGAAAUAACAGAUUUGUUAUCGAAAUUUGUAUAAAGAGUCCACUCAUAUUUCAAUUGA